CUGAUCUCCUUUCCUCUUUCUCUAGACUGUUCCCAUCUCUCUCUCUCGCUCUCUCUGUGUGCAAGCCAUCCAUGGCGUCCGAUCUGGAAAUUAAGGCCAAGGAAGCCUACAUCGACGACCACUUCGAGCUAGCAGCUGAGCUCUACUUCCAGGCCAUCGAGCAAAACCCUGAAAGCAUUGAGCUCUUCGCUGAACGCGCCCAAGCCAACAUCAAACUCAACUGCUUCACUGGUUUUUUAGCCUUCCUUUCCUACCCUUUUUGAGUUUUUCUCUUUCUUUUCUCUUUUGGGUACUGAAAAAAAUUGUGGGUCUUUAUUGAUUUGUUGACUGUCUCUUUUUUUUUUUUUUUUUGUUUGGUUGCUGAGAAAACGUGAGGAAAAGAAAAUCGAAGAUGUGGGUGGGAAAUAAGUGAAGAAUUUUAAGUCUGUUGUGUUGAAUUGUUGUGUUUUUUUAGUAUUAUUAUUGUUGUUGUUGUUGGGUUUUACCCCAUCCUCUUGAGUAAAACUAGAAAGAGAUGGGGUUUCUUCUUCUUUUUCUUUUUCGUUUUUGUUUUUUCAGUUUCUUGGCAACCAAACAUACUUUAGAGUGUUUCGUGGUCACGACAGGGGAUACGGCAUGGUGAAGCAGAGGAAAGCAGCAAGAGCUUUUUUUUGGGAAAUCAUUUUGUUUCUCGUUCUCUGUUAGGGAUUUAAGUGAUUGGUGACAUGGCAAAGGGCUAUUAGAUGGCAUAAAACCAGUGGUUUACGCCACAGCCUGACCUAAUGUUUUCACAUAAGAAGAUGUAUUGCCAAACGGCUUAACCUGUGAGUUUCUUCAUUCGGAAAAAAACGUUCUGUUUGGCUUCUCCUCUAGAACCAGGAUGGUCAGAUGUAGACCGCCGCUUAGAUGCAAGAGACCGUUACCGAGGCCCACUAAGCUGCCAAGACCAGUGGUGGAAAAUGCCCCCUUCGUGCUCCCUAUCAACAUUCGCUGCAACGCCUGCUACCAAUAUAUUUACCAGGGCACCAAUCUCUUUGUCCGCAAGGAGGAGGUUCUUGAUGCGAGGUAUCUAGACUUUGAAUGCUGCCUGAUAUGCCUCAAAUGUACAAAUUGCUCUGCUGAGAUUUGGAUUAGGUCAGACCCAGUAAACAGAGACUAUUUUGUUGAGUCUGGCGCUACCAAAAAGCGUCAGGCUGCAGUGUCGAAAAAACCGAAUUACCAAGUUGCAUUGUCCAAAAAACGGAAAAGGGAAGCUGAAGAGGGUGGAGAUGCACUGAAAUCUUUAGAGAACACAACCUUGGGUUCUAAAAUAGAGAUUGCUGCGCUGGAUGAGAUGAAAUCCAUGGAGUCCCAACAUGCAACUGUGAGUGCAGAUUCUACGCUUAAGGAGUGACCAGCCAAAAUUGCCAAGAAGACGGAUAACAAAAAAAUUCUAGCAGUUCCCGCUGAAGUUGUUUCUGUUCUUGCGUAGAAAGCUUUGGUUGGAAAAAUUUUUCAACAGAGAUGGUCACUAGAUAAGGUUUAUGUAAUCUUUUUUUCUUUUUUUGUUUGUUUGUUUUUUUUUUUUUCCAUACUUAUUUUAUUUAUUGAAGUUUUAUUACUAAAUAAAUAAAAAAAGUAUUAUGGAUAUUUACUAUGGAAUGAUGUAGUGUUCUGGAUGUUUUUGUAUUUUUUUUUUUUUUUGGUAAAUAAAAAUGGGGGGAUUUAUGGUUAUAUUACACCCCCGGGCAGAGUGUCAGGCCAAUGCCGGACUUUCACCAUGGAGGCCUGUGUGGGAUUUUAACCCCACUAAGGAUGCCCACCAACGGACUCCUGCAGGCAGCGGGACUUGAAUCUAGGUGUGGUGCACGAAACGCUCGAGCCUUACCCACUCAGCCAAGCCCUCGUUGGCUGGAUGUUUUUGUAUUAAAACCUGGAAGGUAGUAGUAUUAUGGUUGUGUUAUGGAACAAUGUCAAGUAUUUUGUACUACGAAUGGUUAGGUGUUAGGUGUUAUGUGUUACAAAUGCCUAUGUUUAAUCAUGAUAAUGUAAUACGUGGAAGCAUAUGAGUGUUUUUCUCUGUU